AAUAAUAUUACUACUGAUGAAAUAAUUAUCUUUAAAUAUAAAUAUCGAAAUUAAUAUAAUCGUAUACAUUUUAUUUUUGAUAUAUUUGCUGGUGCAGAAUAUUAACCGAAUACACUAUACACAUACAUAUUAGGUACACAAUGCCGUUCAAAAAUCAAAUCGAUCGUAUUCUGAACCGCCUACAUUCAAAAUCGGACAAUAAUUCCGAAAGAGCAUAUUAUUGUGGUCACGAUACAAAAACGAUGAACCAGCUAAAAAAUAUGUACAAAAAAUGCAGAAUAUGCAGAAGUUGCUUGAGAUGGCCGUUUACGAAAACCGUAAAAUGUCAAAAUUGUUUUUUGACCAGCCACGAGACUUGUAUGAAAUCGAUAAUGUGCCCGCUGGGAGAAAAAUCUGACGAUCGACCCAUGAACAUAUUUGAAUCUGAAGUUUAUACGGGACAACCUUGGAUGAUGGAGGACCAAUUAUGUGGCUCUACAGUAAUAAUAUAAUAUAGUCCUGCAGGUAUAGCCGUUCGGGCCAUUUUGCCACUGCCUUUUCAUGCCGGUUGCGCCAUGACAUGCAAUUAGACCAGCCAUUUCAAGGCUUUCCGAUACAUUACUCAAUAAUUAUUAUAUUUUUUAUGUGAAUAUCAUGUCCUCGAGUACCCAACAUAUCUCAUGUAUCAUCCACUCUGCAGUUCUCAAAUGUCUAUUUUUUGCCAAUAAUUUAUGCAUGUCUAAUACGUUUGCAGCUAUUGUAGAAUUAUCUUCAAGCGUAAUUUUAAAAACAUCAGCCAUAUGUUUGGUAAAAAAUUGUACUGUUAUUUUA